AUGUCGGCGGUCUUGGAAGACUCCGUUGGCAACACACCUGUCACUUCCAAGAUGAUCGCCGCUGCUACCGCCCGGGACAAGGUGCUCAAGAAAGUGGUCCAGUACUUGGAAGGUGAGUGGCCGGCCAGCGCAAGCGAAAUCGACAACCUGGACGUGAAGGCGUUCUACCACCGGAAGGAGAGCCUGGCGCUGACUCAGGGCUGCAUUCUUUUCGGCCAACGAGUGGUGGUGCCGGAGACCUACCGAAAGCGGAUCCUGCAACGCCUGCACCACGGUCACCCGGGCAUGGUCCGGAUGAAGAGUCUGGCUCGGAGUUUCGUCUACUGGCCGCACAUCGACAAGCAGGUGGAGGACACGGUGAAGCAGUGCGCGGACUCUUGGCCAACACCAGCGGGACCAUGGCAACGCAUUCACAUUGAUUACGCGGGCCCGAUCGAUGGUCUCUACUUUCUCAUCAUCGUGGACGCUUUCUCGCGAUGGCCUGAGAUCUACCCGACGACGACCACGACCGCUAGGGCCACGAUCCAGUUUCUUCGAAGCACGUUCGCACGCCUUGGCCUACCGAUGGUGCUCGUGUCGGACAACGCGGCUCAGUUCACUUGCGACGAGUUUGAGUCCUACUGCAAAGCGAACGGAAUCACCCACAUCCUCACCGCGCCCUACCAUCCGCAAUCGAACGGGCAAGCGGAACGCUUUGUGGACACCGUCAAGUCGACGCCGAGCGGAACAACCGAGCAGAAGUCACCAAGUGAACUGCUGUUUGGACGUCAAAUGCGCACCACACUCAACCUACUGCGACCACCACCAACACCGGUUGCUGAGAUGAAGACAACUGCUGAGAACGACCAGAGACGAGAAUUUGCACCUGGCGACUUGGUGUAUGCGAAGGUGCACAAGCGGAACGACUGGUACUGGGAGGCAGGAAAGGUCAUCGAAAGGCUCGGCUCGGUGAACUACAACGUGUGGUUGGACGGCCAACGUUCGGGGCUGAUCCGGUCGCAUAUCAACCAGCUUCGUCCACGGCACGAGUCAGCGGAUUCGCCGGCGCGCGGUCGCGCUGUUAACCUUCCGCUGGACAUUCUCCUGGGCGAGUUUGGGUUCGCUCAACCAACAACCGAGGACGUCACGCAAGCAGCUGUGGUGGAACCGGAAGACGCGAACCAACCAGAAAUCACCGAGCAACCUGGCAACAACGAUGGACCGGAACCAGCUGUGAUCCAACGGCCGAUCCGGCGGGCUUCGACGGGAAGUAUUCCGCCGAGUUGCGUUCCCGUGCCGACGACGACGAUCACCAGGAGUGGACGCGAGGUUCGGCUUAACGUUGUGCGGUUGGCACACCUUGCGAGGUGA